AUGACCAAUGCUACUUUAGUGACUGAAUUCAUCCUCAUGGGGUUCUCUGAGGUCCGAGAGCUACAGAUCUUGCAUGCUGUGCUAUUCCUAUUGAUCUAUCUGGUAGCCCUGCUGGGAAAUCUGCUCAUCAUUGCCCUUACCCUUCUUGAUAAAGAGCUCCACACACCCAUGUAUUUCUUCCUGAAGCAUUUGUCUUUUUUAGAUCUCUGCUACAUCUCUGUCACUGUUCCCAAAUUCAUCAGCAAUACCCUAGCCAAUAUCAGUUCCAUCUCUUUCCUAGGAUGCAUCACCCAAGUAUUUUUAGUGGUUUCCUUAGCUUGUGCAGAAUUAGCCUUGCUAACAGGGAUGGCCUAUGACCGUUAUGUGGCCAUAUGUCAUCCUCUGCACUAUGCAGUCACUAUGAACAGAAGAACCUGUGUGAAGAUGGCAGCUUCCUCCUGGCUCAGUGGGGGACUUUCUGGUCUUUUGCACACAGCCACAAGCUUUUCCUUGCCUUUCUGUGAAUCUACCAGGAUUCAUCAGUUCUUUUGUGAGAUCCCUCAGAUCCUCAGACUCUCUUGCUCAGAGAGUUACUCAGCUGAAAUUGGAGCCCUUGCCAUCACUUCCUCUUUGAGUUUUAUCUGUUUCCUCUCCAUUUCUGUGUCAUAUAUUCACAUAUUCUCAACUGUCCUGAAGAUUCCCUCUGUGGUGGGUCGGUCCAAAGCUUUCUCUACCUGCAUGCCUCAUCUUAUAGUUGUCACUAUCUUUCUUCAUAGUGCAGCAGUUGCCUACCUGAAGCCAACUUCAGCUUGUCCCUCUUUUGUGGACCUAUUGAUGUCUGUCUUCUAUACUGUCUUGCCCCCUACUCUGAACCCUAUUAUCUACAGCCUGAGGAACAAGGACAUGAAAUCUGCCCUGAGGAAGCUGGUGAAAAAUCAUCUUAAUGGUCCCUUUGAAUUUUGA